AUAUGGCGCCUGCGCCUCUUCCUUCCGUUUCCAUUUCUCUCUUUUACACACAGCGACGAACAAUGAGACACACCCAAUCCCCAACUUGACCUCUUUCUUCUUUUCUCUUUUUCCAUACACCCAAAUAACUAAAUCCGGCGAAUUUCUGACGGCGACGACUGCGGCGGCGUCGACGGUGUUGCAUUGAGCUCCGUUAAUGGCGUGGGUCAAAUCCCUUCAGUGCAAAUCCAGAGCCUUCGAAGACGUUUAUCAUCCAACCCCUAAAAAUCUAAUCCCCAGCGCCAGUUGCCGCAAAAGCGUUCAGAGUCUCAAGGACGUCGUCGAAACCACCAAAUCGAAGCACAAAAAGCCCAAACACUCCCCGCCGGAGAAAAAACCGGUUUCCAAAAACCCAAGGCUCGCCAAAUCGGAACCCGGUUCGACUCCCUGUUCCCGGCCCAGAAUGAGCGUUUCCUCCCGUCCGUUAAUCAGGGCUGACGAUCUUAUCUUUCCGGCGGUGUCGGAGUUGCCGGAGGGGCACCAUUCCCGGAGUGUGGUUGAGAUAAUCUUCCACACGAGUUGGAGUCCGAAGGCGUUUACAGGUCGGAUCGAAAUGAUUUUCAAGGUCCAGAAUGGGUCCAAGACGGUGGCUCGGUUUGAAGAGUAUCGGGAAAUGGUUAAGGCUAAGGCGGCGAUGGGAUGUCCCGCCGACGAGGAGAAUGCGCGUUGUGUCGCCGAUGGGAACGAGGUCAUGAGGUUUCACUGCAUGGGUCCAACUUCCGACUCGGCAAAAUACGACGGAUGCGGCGGCGCGUGGAGUUUCCCUGGAAUGAGAGGGUUGUCAUCGACGGCAGCGAUUUGCACGUUCGCCGGAAGUGGAGUGGCUCACGAGAACGCCGGCGGCGGGAGAGGGAGAAGAGCGAUGUUGGUAUGUCGGGUCAUCGCAGGUCGGGUAUCGAAGCAAGUGGUGAAACCCGACCCGUUUGUGGAAGGCCGAGUUGGACUGGACUCAGUGAGUGGGGAUAAUGGCGAGUUACUGGUGUUCGACUCGCGUGCGGUUCUUCCUUGUUUCCUCAUCAUCUACAAAUUGUAAAAAUAUAAAAAUGACAAAAAAUGCCAAAACCAUUAUUAUAAUUUUUUCUUCUUUUA